UUUAGGAUGUAGAAUGGAUCAUAAUUUGAUGACUAAAGAGGAGUGGUCGAAGCUAGGCCUUGGUGACGUCGAUGUAGAGUCGAAGAAAUAGACUUUAACGGACUGCAAUAUUGCGUAACAAAGUGCUUUUGAGGAACGAUGCCGAACACAGAUUUUAAAAGAACUCCCGGUGAUGAUGGCUCAUUGGAACAGAAGAAACGCAUUUUGAUAGGUUGUACAGGGAGUGUUGCUACUAUUAAACUGCCGAACCUUGUUGCGUUUUUGAACCAAAAAUAUGAUUUAGAUAUUCGUAUAAUUGUGACGAAUCAUGCACAGCAUUUUUAUUCACCUAAAGAUAUACCCUCCAGUAUUUCAGUUUACACAGACGACGACGAGUGGAGUAUGUGGUCCAGACGAGGUGAUCCUGUGCUCCACAUCGAACUGGCAAAGUGGGCCGAUAUUUUUGUUAUUGCGCCUCUUGAUGCCAAUACUUUAGCUAAACUAUCGCAUGGUAUGUGUGAUAAUCUGUUGACAUGUGUUGCAAGAGCCUGGGAAAUUAAGAAGCCACUGCUCUUCUGUCCAGCUAUGAACACAAAGAUGUGGGAACAUCCAAUCACAGCCAAACAAAUUGAGUCACUGAAAGAAUGGGGCUAUUGUGAAGUUCCCUGUAUCUCAAAAACUUUGAUGUGUGGUGAUACUGGUUUGGGAGCAAUGGCUGAGAUAGAUACAAUUGUUGCAGAGAUCAUGAGCAAACUAAAUAAGCCACAUGAGUCCAUGGCACACUGAUUUUAUGUUUUUCAUGUGUAUGUAACUUGUUAUACAUAAAAAAAAUUAUGUCCACAAACAGUGAUAAGUGUAAUUGAAGGACCUGAAUUUGGUGGAAGUCAAAUUACAGUCAGUUGUGUAGCAACUUAAAAUUUAAUACUUGUUAUGUACUCCUCACUACCAUCAUAACAUGCAUGAGCUAUGGUAUUUAUUGAUUUAUUGUUAUAUUACUCCUUCCUUUGCCCAUUCUCUGUAAUCAUAUUCUAAAAAGAACGUCCAGUUUUUCAGGGAUCAAGUUUGGCUAGGCUAUGUGUAGUUUUGUAUAUCAUUGUAUAACUACAUAAUAUAACUCAUUUUUAACGUGAGUAUAUUUUUUCAGCUUUAUUGAGUAAAGCCUUUUGACAAA